UUGCUAAGACAGCUAGACAUGGGAGAAAGAAUCCAAACGGAACCAGGAAUAGAGGCCGAGACCGAAUUUCAAACCGAUCGAUCGUCUUAGUCGUGACAUAUAUGUGGUUAUGUCUUAAUAAUAUCGCGGAGAGAGUGAAGUAAGCAACAACAAAGCAUGAUAAUCCCCACAUCUUCCUCGACGGUGUUUGCUAGCGGCUAGAAUACAUCAUCAUGUAACCACACGUUCAAGUAUAAAGGCCAACAAGAUGCCACCGUUGAUGGUUAUUUUUCUACUGCUCUACAAUCAGAACACAUCAGAAACAGCACUUAAGGCUAUUUCCCUAACAUUGAGGUCUUAAUAUUCGUUUAUACUUAUAGCAAAGCAACUUGAUACCCUUGAUUUCUUCAUCAUUCACAAUGGCUCCCAAGAUCGCCAUCGUUUUCUACUCUAUGUACGGCCACAUCCGCAAGCUCGCGGAGGCCGAAAAGGCCGGCAUUGAGAAAGCCGGUGGUACAGCCGAUCUCUUCCAAAUCCCCGAGACCCUCCCCAAAGAGGUCUUAGAUAAGAUGUACGCUCCGGGUCCGGCAGCUGACAUCCCGGUCCUGGAGGACCCAGCUACGCUCGAGUCAUACGACGGCUUCUUGCUCGGUAUCCCGACUCGAUACGGCAACUUCCCCGCCCAAUGGCGAGUAUUCUGGGACAAGACCGGCAAGCAAUGGCAGAAUGGUUCCUACUACGGCAAGGUCGCCGGUCUCUUCCUCUCCACAGCCUCUCUGGGCGGUGGUCAGGAGUCGACCGCUUUAGCCGCUAUGUCGACUUUUGCGCACCACGGUAUUAUCUACGUGCCCUUCGGAUACGCCAAGGCUUUCGGCACCCUCACAGAUCUAUCCGAAGUCCACGGUGGUGGCCCUUGGGGCGCGGGUACUUUCGCUGCCGGAGAUGGUAGCAGACAACCUAGCGAGAAGGAAAUUCUCAUCGCCGAGACUCAGGGAACCGAGUUCUACAAGACCGUUGCUAAGUUCGCUUCCGGCUCGGCGUGACUGCAUGGCGGCAAGGAGGGCGAUUCUAAGACUCGGGUUAAAAACACUACAUCUGACGCGGCUUUGACACAGAAGGAAAAGAAAAAGUCGGAGGGCCCUUGCGGAUUACCCACAAAAUGCGUGAUAUUAUAAACAGUUCUCAAGUAUAAUUUAGAAAAUCAAUACAAUUUUACCUAUUUCAAUUA